AUGGAAAAUUGGCCUUAUUACGGAGGCAGCUUGGACAGGUUUGACAAAAAUAACUGGCGCAGGCGCGGGUUAUACGAAGAUUUAUCUAACGCCGGAAAGUGCGGGAUAUCACAGGUCUGUGAAAUUUGCGUUUCGGUUCCUAAUGUGUGUGCCUCGUUUAAAACAUAGAUAUAUUUGAAAUCGCCAUGAGAUAAUUCUUAGCCUACUUUUGAUCUCUUGCAAGUUUUAAUCGCAAAACUCAUUGCUUGGAAAUUAAGAGACCAAAAACUGGAGAUGUAAGGAUUUCAAACAAAUGACAGAAUCCAAUGUAUUGACUAGUACAUUACUAUCACUUACCCCAAAACAAACAAACUUGCCUGUUCUGUAUUAUAUAGAAGUGGAAGAUUAUUUGACGAGAUGAAAAGCUUUAAAACUCAAAUAUAUAUUUCGAAUCUAACACCACAAAUUGUUAAAUAAGUUUCAGAUUGUAACCAAGUUAAAUAUAAUUACAAAAUUAAGAUGAGUCAAUCCAAAGGAUUUCUAGCUUUCGUGUAUGCUGACGUUCGUCCUGAGAAAGCUCCUGCUACUUGGUCAAAAUUGAGAGCAGAAGCUGAUUCAAUGAUAUAAAAAUCUGUUUCGAUGAAAGCCGAAUAUUAAAAUUCACGAAGUCUACGUGUGCAUUCUAGCCUGUGCUAUCAAUGACCCGGCCAACAAAAUCUAACUUUGAGACAGCUAAACACUUCUUUUGUGGCUCGGGAAAGUUGGCUUAGAUUCUUAGUUUUAUGCUUUGCGGGAAGUCGAUAUUUACUGCGAACAUUGUAGCCGCGCUUUGUACACCGAAUAAAGCUUUGUAAGAUGUUCUCCGUUUAAGUUUUCGCCGAAUCAAGGUUUUGUUUCAGUUCCUUUUAUCCUUGGUCACAUUCGCAGGGAAUGAUUCUUUGUUUCGACCAGUGUACAAUGGCAAAACUUUCGAGAAUUUGAAUUUUUUUUUUUCGUGCAGAGAGCAAAUUUGUCCUGCCAACAAUUUAUUCUGUUUUAAAACUUUCCAGUUAUUGUUUAGCGUGUAGAAAUGUUCUGAUCACUGAUACACAGUGGGAUAUUUACAAAUAAAUGUCUCAAACCCACGGUUUGGAAACAUACCUCACUUCUUAAAACGGAAAAAAAUAGAGCUUUAAACGUCGUUAAAUUUCUGAAACGCUCUCCAAUACACUGCUUUGAACAAAAUUACAACAAACUUUGCGAAGCUAAGCACUUUCGAAUGAUGCUAUUCCGGAAUGUUCGGAGCGCACACUUUUUAAGAGAUUUUGUACCUCGCCACAUGUACGAACCGGUCAUGAUAAAUUAUCAUAUUUUAGACAAACGCGUUGCUGGAUACUGGCGCCGAGCCGUCUAGAACAGUGGUAUAAUAACGCAUUUUUGAGCCUAUCUGGUCGAACAUCACAUAUUGGCAAUACUAAUGGCCUUUUGUAAAAGGCUGCCAGCUCAUCAUGUUUGCGUUUUCUCUAGACAAUGACGGCGUCACGAAUCCUGGGUCGGGAAUGACUUCGUAGACCUCCUAUCGUUUGAGAUAAAGUAUCGAGCUAAAUUGAGAAGAGUGCUAUCAUCUCAAACACAAAGUCACCGAUAAAACUUAAUUUGUGGUUAAUAUUUCAAUUCCAAGCGGAUGUGCAACUUUUUAGCUGCAGUGUUUCUCAAGCGAGGAUCAUGAUCUCUCCAUAUUUCUACAGCACUUUUCGAGAAUUGUAAGCUAGCAAAUAAUACGGAGAUUUACAAAGACAUGUGCACUUUUUGAAUUUGCAUCAAACAGACAUUUGUUUAGAAAUGGGUAGUUUAGAGAUCAGCCUAUUAAAAGUUGAUUUUAUAAGACCCUUAAAAAAUAUAUAUACCAACAGCGUUUUCUUUGAAAAGCUAGAAAUUCUGGAGUCGUUUGAUUUUUUCGUGUUUUUUUCUGUCAAUGUUGCGUGUAUUACCUAAGAUACAAAAUUGAUUUUCCCAAAAUUAAAAUAGUUUUGGCUGACCACAGAUAAUGCUCUGAUCAUCAAAACAACCUUGAUAUAAUUAUUAGGUCAAAAGCACUCCCUGGAAUGGUAUUACGAUCUUUUCUUUUGCUGCAGCAAAACGUGAAAGCAGCUAAUAGCUUCGGAGACUGUGUUCCUAAUUGGUAUUAAUUACAAAAUGGCCUUGACGUUUUAGCUUUCCUGUUCUUUGUGCUGUGGUUAAAUGGUUUCUGUUGUUUCGUGAAAACAGUAUUUGUUUUUCGAUACGCUUUACAGCUUUAGAGCUCUUUAGAGUUUAAGUUCGUGACAAGAAAGCAGAUCCGGGGUCACUCGAGUGAUGUUCAGAAAUCGGUAGCUAGCCUCUUCAUAACGUAAAGUUGACGAAAGGCUUCUCUACUCUCCAUGAAAUAAAUAUAAAUUAGCACCAUUUUAAUUUUUAAACAAACCUCGAAAGGGCUGAAAGCAAAUCAGAGGCAAAAAGUUUUGGAGUCAGUCGUAACGGAGAGAGGUGCGAACAAUGGAUCGAGAAAUUUUCGAUCACGCUGAAAAAGGACGAAAGAUGUUCACAACAAUUUAUAAAAUUAAACAGUAGCUUGUGAAAAGGUAACACGCCCUAUGUUUUCUGGUUUAGAUAUUCAGCCGAUAAGCUAAGUCGUCCACCUAUGCCAAAUUAUCAUCAACUGCUUUUGAUUUGAAAACAAUUUCGUCCUUUAUCUGUAAAACGCUGCGGAUGCCUUGCACACAUUUCACGGGUUCUAAAUGUUUAUUUCAUUAAUAUCAAAAGGUGCGAAAACCAUUUGGAAAUUGCUUUUUUCACAAACAAAGAAUUGUAUAUCUCUAUGCAAUGUUUACACCAGUUUUCCAAGAACGUAAGAUCUGUGAUUUCUAAAACAAUUUUAAAUUUCUCUGAAAUAAAAUGGUUUCGUUUUAAUGUGGUAUUCUUCAAACGGCCCAAAUCUCCCUUCCUAGCCCGCUAAAAAAAGAAUAAAUGUGGAAAGAUUUCAUUUAAAUAUUUCGUCGCACAGCAUAUGUUUGAGGCCAAAAUUUACAGAAUGUGGUCUCAGUAAUAAUCGAUAUUUACUAGUCACUCUUUGGGGGUGAAUGUUUCCCAUGACACUUUUUUAUUUGAAACUAAGCCAUGAAUGUUUGCCAAUACCAACAAAUUGUCUCAACUAUGAAAAAAAGGAAGACAUUACCACUUAUUUUCAGAGAGCAAUUAACACUCUGAAAAUAAUUUGAUUAAAUCGUUUUCUGUUGAUAGCUGUUGAAAAUGCUAAUUCUGUAAACAUUGAGCAAAGCCUAUUGAUAUAAUUUAAUACAACUUAAAUACAUCAGCUGUUGGUUAACAAUACAACAUUUUUUAACAUGUUUUUAGCGGCAUAUCAGUUCAAAACUGAAAUUUUCCUUCACGCAAAUCUUCUGGCGAAAGUUGCAAAUUCGUUGCCCCAUAGAGAACAAGUUCUCUAUUUGUUGAAAUUCAAUCGAUCACUUUGUAUAAAUAGGAUCCUUUUCACUCGAUUUUUCUUCUAAACUUGCCAAUUAUCACUUCCUUGAAAUGAUGAACUUUAACCAGAUCGGCUCAAAGCGAGUUUUUACAAGCUCAAAAGGAAAAUGAAUGUAAUUUCACAUAUUUCCUUGCAACUGUAGUUGAGUAUUCGCUUCGAACAGGAUUUGACCAUCCACAACAACAGUCAAACUUCUAAAGGCUAUAGCUGACUGGAUGAUUAAACGCCGUGGUAUUUCAGAAAAGAUAUUCAAGCCUGUAUGUAUAAUUUGUAUGAAAGAAUCAAAUUACAUCAAUAAGUGUUUCCGCCAUUCCCAGUCUGUUCAAACAGGGCUUGAAAGAUAUUUGCUGCGUGAAUUCGAGUCACUCGAAUUGAUUCCCUGGAAAUAUUAAUCUACAAUUUUUAAAGAGAUAAAGCUCAGCUGCACAUGUUAGAUCGAAACGGCUGCAGAUAGUUGUGUCACUCGUUUUGUUUGCCUUCACUGGAGAGUUAUCUCUUCGAAUUCCAUGGUUUGAAAAGCGCAUGCGUUGAUCCUUGACGCGCCAACAAACAUAAGCAUCUCUACAUUACUGGCGGGCACACAAACAAGCGUCUAAUUGGCGGGAAAACUAUGUUAGCUUUUCGCCUUUCUUCCUAUUUAAAAUCUACUUGGCGACACAGACAAAUAGACAAUAGCUAUUUUUUCUUUUUCCGAGAACGGCAAAUCUCAAUUACCACGAGUAAAAACAACUAUGCACAGUUCUUGCUCACGAAGAACAGAACAAAGCUUCCCACAUCACCUACAUUCUUAUAGUUGUGCUAGUCUAAGAAUCCGGUGAAUCGAGGUCAAGGUCUCUAUUCAUUUUCGUCGCCAAAAUAGCGUGUCCAAAUGUAGUAAACAAGGCGAAAGUGGUCUUUCUAGGAUUCAAUAUCGCGUUGAGUAUUUUGGGAGGACUUGAAUUUCACUUCCGGCACUCGCUCCUUCCGGACCCAAACCACAAACUCAUGAGAGAAAAACAUCUCGUGACAGCGUUUCAAACGCUCAAAUUGUCUUUUCGAACAUUUGUCUAGACACAUUUUUGUUUGGGUAAUAUCUUCGUCAAUAAAUUUUUAAAUUGCUGUCGUAGAUAACAUCUCGGUUAAGAGAAACAUUUGUGGUGUUAAAGCCAUUGAAAAUAUCCGCAUUAUUUGAGAGUCAGCUUUUUUGCAAAACUUCUCGCGUGCAGACACAUGUUACGAAGUUGAAAUAUGAGCAAAUUUGCCCGAGGAUAAGUCAGAGAGCUUUGGACUUUGUCGUUCUCUGCAUGCACGCAAAUAUUUAAAUGGUGGCUGAAACUUACUACUGCACACACUUCCAAUCAAGAAUUUUCUCGCGGGUCUAGUUUGCUUUUCGCUUUAUUUAAACCUCAAUGAUGUAGUUAAAACAAAACGUUUGCUACUUCAAUAUAUUAUAUAUUUCAAUAUAUUAUAUAUUUGGAAGUAAAGAGGUAUAAUAUUAUAUAUUUGGAAGUAAAGAGGUAUAAUAUUAUAUAUUUGGAAGUAAAGAUGCAUAAUAUUAUACAUUUUGGAAGUAAAGAGGUAUAUAAGUGCUUUGUGUUCGAGAACCUCUUCAUGUUUUAUAGAGUUUCGCUGGAGCGUGAACUUCUUACGUAGAUCGAAGUGCUAGAGUUAAUAGUCUCUUAAGUUCCUCGUUUACAUUCAAACUUUCGCUGCAUCUGAGUUUGGUCAGAGCGUACAAGUUUAGGAGUGAUAAAACUCAAGCUCUUGGCAAGUUUCGAAAGUCAUCUUGAAGUUCCGUGCAUGCGCUUUGAACGGUAUCGUUUGGACUGAAGAGUACGACUUCGAGACAAUAUGCAAAGUGGGAAUUUUUUUUUAGUCAUCUAGAUUGGACAAGAAGUGACGCCUUCAACUCAGGUAACCUGUUAUGUUUUUUAAAUCAAAUUUAAGAGCAGUUCAUAAAGGAAGCAUCUCUCUCCGGUUUAUGUGUAAUAUUUGUUUAGAGGUAGGUUUACUUAAUGUUUAGAGCGUUUCAUUUGAACGCGUGCUUGUUUAUAGAUAUGAUAUAUAAUAUACGCUCGAGUAAGUUCCGCAACUUGUGUCUAAGCGAAUAAAGGAACGGAAAUAUAGCCAUAGUCGCAUUUGGCUGCGGUUUUUUGACGUAAAAUCUCGGAAGAGCGACUCCAUGUUUACAAACAACGAAAGAAAAUGCCGAUUUGGUAAACAUCCUAACUUGCAUAAUGCUCGGUGCGAGACGAUUUCUGUCACUUAAAACACACAAAAACGCUACUUUACGAGAAUUCUGCUGUCUCUCAAGCCGAGGAGAUACUUAUGCAAGAGUAUGGCCAUAAAAUGGAGGAAAAGCUGAGACAGCAAACUAUCAUUUUUUGGUCGCCGUUAAUUGUUAAAUCUGCACGUUUGAUGCGCAUCAAGGAAUAUUCUGGCACGAGGACCCUACGGGGAAAUUGUUUUACUGUUCACAUACAAAAGCAGUUUUUCGUAUUUACGUCAUCUAAAAAUGUUUAGAUCAAUCAAUGAAGUGGAGGAAUGCAUAGACACGCCUAGAAUCAAUACCCGAGCUUCUAAGACUGAACCCGGAAAGUUUUACAAAGCAUAAUGAUGUUUCCUGCAGUUAAGAUGGCGGAGUGCCGCGCGAGCGUUGACCAGGGCACGUAGAAGGAUUGGACUCCGGUCGCCCUUAAUUUAAUAGACAAAGUAGUUCUUUGACACCUCGUUGAAAAAGGGUGAUUAAUUUACUUUGUAUGACAAGAGUACUUGAAUAAAGUGAUUCAGUGCUUUGCUGGUAAAUAGAGCAUGAAGAUCACUGGAUGUGUAAGCGCGCUUCGAGCCGUAUGAACUAAAUCGAGGUUACGAAAACGUACGACGCAUCAAAAUUAACAUCGUUAUAACUUUUACGGACACGAAGCGUAUAGGAAUUUCUCAUAUAGGUAGAAGUCGAACAAGAAAAAAGGUAUGUCCAAGAAAAACCUUCUUAUAUUGAGCCCUUUAAUUUGGGUGCUAUCGUAGCCUUAACUAGCUCUGGUAUGUUGUGACUUAGGCGAAACAAAAGCAUAUUUUAAAUGGAAGCAAAAAUGUUCGUCGAAAAGGUGAAAAGUUCGUGUUUUAUGUUAACUAACUGCGUGCUAGUUCGAAUCUAAACAUUUGAAAUGUUGCAAUGGAUAGAUAUCAAUUUAUCUUCAGCUGUGCUCUCAGAUCAUGGUGGCUAAAAACUCAAGAUCCAAUCUGUUAUCAUAUUUAGGUAAGGCUCAUCAUAUAUAAUACUUUCUCAUGCUGCACUGUUGGUGGUUCAAACUUCAAAAUUUAAGAAUGAUACAAUUGGUGUUGCGCAGUUUCUAAUGAAAGUACUUCUUUCGUGCGCUGCUUUAAAUUGAGCUGUAAAUGGAAAUUCCUUCUUUUAUGUCUUUGCAUGAGACCCUGGAGUAUUUCAUUUGACAUAAACUGAAUUCUUGAAACGUGUGUAUGUAUAUAUGUGAGACUCGUAUUUUUUUUAUUUUUACUUUUUGUAAUUUUAAUUUUGAGGUUUUUUGAAUGUAGAAAUGUUAAGGGCUGAAAUAUGCACUAAAACAGAAACUUUCUGAGCAUUCUUUCCGGAUUCAACGCAGUUUUACUUUCACUAGCCCUAAAGAGCAAAACAAAGUUGAAAAAAUCUGUGAUCGCCAAAGUGCAUUUUCUGUCAAAGAAUUCUUCAAUCUCAUGUUGAGUGUGGAUAGCGCUGAAAGGCCGUGGAUUUUUAUCAUAGGAAUGUGCAAGUUUCGGUUUAUAAAGCUCCUUACUAUCAAAAGAUUAUAUUGUCAUCUAUACGCACGAUUGAUGUUUUUUGCACACUACAUUCGCUUGCAUUUUCGUCUUGUUAUUUCCGGUUUGGAGCGAAUCCAUAACAGUUGUUUCCAUCCAAACCAAUUAUAUUAGCCAACUUUCUUGUAAUGUCACGCGAUGUUGCUGACGAAAAUAAAAGACUCUGUGCCCAAAAUAUAUCACUUGAUAUUGCCUUUCAGUGCGUGCAAUAAGGAUUCCACGCCUCACGAUAUCACAUUCCCAUUCGAUAAAUUUCAGUUCGAGUUAUAACAUCACGAUAUAACCAAUGUUUUGAAUGGAAAGUUGACUCAAGGUCGAAUAGUUUUGCCAUUCAUCUGAAACUUUGCCUCCCGCCUUAAGCAAUUAUCCACUUUUAAAUUCUAAAGAAGUUUUUGUUUUGCAGCACAGAUUUAUUUGCAUUUAUGUUGUUAAAGACGAUAGUGCCAGGUUAAGUAAUCAAAGGUAUUUUGAAAUCAGCUCUGAGUUCGUUCGUCGUUCGAGUCUGAACAAGUAUUUCUCGUCUUCAGUGUUUGAGAUUCUCUGAAAUAUGGAGGUUUAACGUGAUCGGCCACCUCAUAAAACAAUUUCAAUAGCAUUUGAAAUCAGUGAGGAUGUAUAUGUUAAAGCAAUUAAUUUUAUUUCGAAAAUUUUCUCAGAAUUCUGAAAUGAAGACGAAGUAUUGAUUGAAACGCUUCUCAUUGGCAACGCAUUUGUUAUAGAUUCUGGAUCUGUUGUUCGGCUCAAUUUCAAAUUACAAAUUUGUUCAGUUACCAAAUUGCUAUUUACAGACACCAUUUCCUGAUAUACUCUGGCAUGAGAAUUAUGGAUGAAAUAAACACCAUUCCAUUAACUGAUGUAAUUGUAAAACAUUACUUUUCAAAGCUAGCUUUUACAACUAAUAUUUUCUGUAUCGGAAUACUAAUAAAUGCAGUAUGUCAUGAUUAAGCAUUAUGAAAAGAUUGUAAUGAGUAAUUUCACAACUAUUUCCGGAAUGAACUAACGCAACAAUUUUGCGAGUAUUAUCGACGAAUUGUUUUGAUAGCACUGUAAUUCUCGGAACGAAACCGGUGAAAGCAAACUGCAUUCAUGACUAUUGUUAUAGGCACAAAACUGAUAAUUUCACGAGAAAUUCCAGAGAGAAUAACAUAAUAAUUUCCACUUGCAUCAUAUUGACGUAGUUCGAUAUUAAUUGAACGCAAUGACGGUGCAGGUUGCUAGCGAGAACUUAGCAAAAAAUAGAAACCUUCGGCAAAUUCUAUUCAGGGAGCGGAAAAGGUUUGCUACCUGGGGUGCAUGAAUGUGAUUAUACUGCUAAAAGCUUUUGCGGAAGAUUGCUUUUUAAGGAGGCUGUAAUUAACGUUCCUUAGCAAUCUGCUUAAAUGCAUGUCACGAUGCCAAAACAGGAAAAACUAUAGAGUACCGAGUUUUUUAACAAGGCACUCGGUAAAUUUGCCAUCCAUUUGAUUCCCCAAGAAGAAAAUUUUGUAAGCUUUCCUUACGAUCUCAAUGCAAUGUCGGGCAGAGAGGCGCAGAGAAUAAUGGUAUAACAUGAUGUAAGACCAACUUCUUAUGAGUCGUCUACGAUGAUAUAUUUCGUCAUCACACGAGAGAGCUUCUCGAUAGACCCUGGGACAGAAAGGCAAGGAGUGAAAUUGCCAACCUGGUAGAUAGUCUCACUCGCAAGGAGUCUCAGCUUAGCUCAGUGAAAGGGUAACCCAAUGGAUGCGACCUGCAAAGACAAGGACAGCAAUUUCUUGGGGGCGUGGGUGGGGUGGGUGGGGGAGUGUCGCAUGGCUCAUAGGAAAUCCGGAGAAUGAAGCGUAGCCGAGACGGGCCUGGGGACUAGGGGAAUCGAGCAUGGCCUAAACUGGGAGUUUAAGAUAUAUAUGUUAACCGAGACAGGGAAUUUGGGAGAUGUACCAUGGCCUGAACGGGGAAUCUUGGUAAUGUAAAUUAGCCGAUAUGGGAAACUCGAAAGAUAUAACAUGAUUCGAACGGUGAAUCAAACGAAUGUUGCAUAGCCGGGCGGGGAACUCGGGGGGCAAGCAUAGGAAGGUAAACUAUAAAGUCUGACGGGAACGAGGAACUCGUGUUUCCUCUCCAGCCCGUGGAAAUUAUUUGCCACUGGUUACGGUUUUUUUAAGUGGGGAGUAGGAAGUCAUUGAAGUGUCACUAACGCAACGGUUAUAACAUGUGAUUCGAAUGGCUAUGGUUGGUCUUCUUGUAAACUCACUCAUAAACCUCAUCUUGUUUACAUUACAGGGCUCUCUUUCCGCGAGAAUCUUUGACCAGAUCCGAAUUCCGGAGACUCAGAUGAAAUCAUGGAAAAACGACCAGUGUGAAGUUUGCGCCACAGGCUUGAACCAACUGAAACGAGAAGCAGUCGCCAUGGUACACACUCUGGAGGAAUCUCAGUUUCUCGCUUAUUAUAACAUUCCCGGAUACAUGGUGGGACCGAACGCUGACCAGCUCAUAAGGCGGGCGGACAAGCAGCGCCUUCAAGCUGGGGUCGCCAUGGAAACAAACGAUCGAGGUGGCGUAAUGUAUGUGAAGCCGGAAGAAGCAGCCAUUAGUUCUUCGUUUUUGUCAAGGUGGGUUGUGACUUUUUUAUCAUGCAGCACAGACCACGUGAUGUGAAUUUGUAAUUAAUUUAAUAUCCGAAAGCAUUCUGGAAUUUCUUUAGUUUUACUUUAACAAGCUCUACCAUUUGCUUAAAAGAAAAAAAUCCGCGUCAUCUUCUUAAACAAUAAGACGAAAAGCUAGAACGAGGAGUGAUUUUGGUCACUUGCGUCAAUACAGCGGUCACACGUCGGGCAUGUACAAGGGAAUUUGGCCGGCCGCGCGCUAAUUUCCCGCGCAAAUUUUGUAAGGAAAACUAAAAGGUAUUAACACUGUCACGCAAAAUGUGCGAAGUAAAGUUGAAACGUUCAUAAAUUUGAGCAGAGGGAAAAAAAUUAAUGGAAAAAGAAAAAUCGAGACUCUUCGAGCACAAAGCUUAUUAAAUUACGGGUGUCCUGUGAAUUUACCAUCCAUAACUCUUAUUCAACAACUUGGUUCUGAAAGCCUGAACCACCUCACCAUUACGACAUUUGCACAUGCGCAAACGUAUGACCGCUGUGUUGCAUGCGUCUUCCCGCGCCUGUUACGUCGAGUUAUGUACGUUCCCAUUGGCUCAUUCAAAUUUUUCUCUGCUCUGAUUGGCCUUACCUAUUGCUUUGAUUUUAAUUUGAUGAAAUCCAACUCAAAUCACCUGGAAUGGUAAUUUUGAAUAACACACAUAUUAACCUGAAACGUUAAAGUUCAGAAAUAUCCCGUAAAUAUUCCAAAGUGCCAUUUUCUUUCAACCACAGAAAGAAACCAGUAAACUUUAGUUAUUUAUGAUAAUCGAAAUUAAUCCUAUGAAACUGCUAUGCAGGUCCCUCAGCCUUUGAAAGAGACUUUCUCAUAUGUUGUUCAAAUUCAAACUUUUAAAACCAAGUGCUUAAGUCCAUCAAUCAGAUAUUGUCUCUUGUUCAAAUAAAUUAGACACUACCUUUUGUCAAUCUGUAAUCUCACUCGUAAAGAUUUUAAAAGCUCUUUGUUGAUGAAGGACCUGUCAAAAUUUUGAUCUGUUUAAGCGGAAAUGAAUUGUCGUAAAGCAUUUCAAAGAAUUUUUCUGGUUAAGUUUGUAAAUAGUUUUAUCAACCACACUUAUCCUUUGAGUAACGAUAAUUAUAAAAUCACGCGAUUUAGCUCGUAUUAACAAACUUGAUAAAGGAAAACUGUCUGUGAUAGUUAAGUGUAGCAUUUUUAAUACUGUGGCUCAAAGAGUGUUUUAACAAAGCCAUGUUAUUGUACUGCUGCGUUUUCUUGAAAGCGCCUUCGUCAAAGUGACUUAUUCAAGAUUCCAGAUUCUAGAAAGGGUGAUCUGGCUAAAUUUAUGUUUACAGAGGAAGUAGGAAACUCUAAUUAAAGCAGAACUAAACAAAAGAGACUAUUUAACAGAAAUAAUGGUUUGCACACAUCAUGUGUAUAGUUGAAAGAAUUUAUUUUGAUAAACAUGCUUCCGGAAAAACACCAAACGCUUUUCACACUUUAGCGACUCUUUCAUCGAGUGCGGUAGAAGAGAAGUCACUGUACUUAUCGCGUCUCGCCUAAAGGAAUCUGAAACGUUUUGACACGAAAAUCUUAAGCUCGCCAAUUUUUUUUUGGCGAUACGGUUGCACUUCCCCGGGCUGGAAAAUACUAAGCUGAACAAGUUUGUCUGAAAGACAUUCACUUCAAAAAUUGAAGGAAUGCACUCUACCCAAAGUGUCCUCUGUUGUAUAUAAACUGUCAGUUGACAUUCCUCUCAAAGUCAACGAGGAUCGGCAUGUCCCGCCUCCAAAACCCGCCUGUGUUGUGUUUUGGUCAUGGCUUCUUUACAUUGUUAAGUAAACAAAUUGUCAGUGAAUUUUAUUGCAUCCGUCCUCUGGCAGCCUCACAGGAAGCAGAAUACCAAAUCCUCACUGCACUCCAAAUUCUUUAGCCAGCGUUCUUUCGCUUCGACGUUGCCGAAAUGAACGUAGUACGAAGUAUGCAAGGGCACAACUCGGCAGAAAUAUUUCCUUUGAGUUUAACCUGUUUAUCUACCUCUAAGGCAUUAACGUCGAAACAAGAAUUGGUCCUAGGAAGACUCAGGUAGCUUACUUUGUAUAUUUUAUGAGAGGGUUUGAUAAGUUUCGGUAUUGCAUGCCCGGUCAUCACGUGCUUGCUCGCGAGUGGCGUCUAUUUUUUAAAAGUAGGUCGUAUCAAUAUGUUAAUUUCAGUGUUAUUUCGUAUGUUUUAUUUACUUCAUGUUACAUGCGUCGUUUGAGAGGCAUCUUCAGAGUUUCUAUCCAACCUUGAACUAGUUUGAUUUAUUCAAAACUUCGACUCUUGCCUUUUGCGGCACAUCUGUUGGUGCAUGGUGUUAAGCAACUUGUCUAAAGUUUUUGAAGAAAAUAUCUGAGUAACCUGUCCCAUUCAAACCUUGUUUCUCGUCAAGAAUUAAAAAAAGUGUCCCUCGCUUUCUUCUCCUGAAAAUUUGAAAAACAUCGCCGUGUACCUUCAGGGCUAUAGCGUGUGAAGAAAAACAAAACUGUUUUACAAAAUUUACUAUAUUUAGGAACACUGGACUUUAUUUUUGCCAACCUAUCAGUCAUUAAAUGUACAGCUUUUCCACAUUGUUACUGAGACACAACGCAAGUUUUACUUUUUUCUCUAAACACGGAACUGAGACACAUCAAUCUACCAAAUUCACUGUGUUGAUUACGUUCAAGUAAUUCUGACGCGCGAAAUCGAAACCUUUGUUCAUAUUUCUUAAGGAUAUCACAGAUUUUAAUCUCGCUUAAUCGUUUCUAAAUAUUUACAUUCUCUAUGUCAAAACUCUUUUCAACUCUUAUGCCAUUCCUUUGUGGUGUAGUGAAGGGUUUCCCUCAGCUAAUCAUUGCGUUUUCCUGUUUAACUAAGUCUUCAAUCUCUCCAGUGUUGCAUUGAUUGACGUUGAAAUGCGUGCAUUAUAAUGCGUAUUUGAUAACCCUUUACACCCUAACAACAACAACAUGCAUAUUCUUCAUACUUGACUAUAUGCAUGUCCUAAGGUGCUGAUUUGGAAAAUUUCUUCAACAAUCAAGAGCCUCUUCUGUUGAUGAUCAUUUCCUUUAUUCUCAUGACAAUGUGUGACUCAAGAGUGAUAUUGUAAGGAGAAAUUAGAUGGUAGUCACUCUUAAGGAUCAAAUGAUUGAUAAUAGUCUUUUGGCUGUAUUGAAGGUGUUUCGUUCUUUAAUAGCUUAAAAAGAGAGAUAAAUGACUUUCAUCAUAAAAAAUGGUUUUAGCAGCGGAUCUAAUUUUUGUGAUAAAUAAUUAAUUUUGAAUUUCUAUCCGAGGGCUGCCUAUUUGUCGGUUCUAGUUUCGACUUUCCAUUGUUUCCUAAAUGGAUUCCCAUAGAGAUUUAGGGUUCUAGAGAUAACGUGACUUACUUCUUGAUCUACUGGUGCAUUCUACAAUUUACAAAACAGCAAAUUAAGAAGUUACAGAAAAAGACGCCUGAGAAACCCCAGACUUCGACAAGCCUCGACCCCGUGCCUCUUAAUGACUACCAACUAAGCUUCGAAACCUCGUGAAUAAUUUUCUUGCAAGGAAAAUUUUGAGAACUUAACUUUUUCAACUCGAAAAAUUUCAUUUGCCGUAACUGUAAAUUUGUAAUCCGCGCUAAUCUACUACAUCUUAAAUCUACCAUGCUUUUGGUUUGUCUGCUUCUUUCAUGUCAAGAAGUUCUAACCUUUUCCUUUUCUAGCAUCUUAAGAUUGUCAAAAGUCAAGCCUGCACGAGGGAUCAAUUAAGCUGAAAUAGAUAAUGGACCAAUGAAUUGGAAACGAUUAGAUCCCUUUAUACGCGUUGCGGGUUUUACCACAGUCAUCUAUUAACAGAACAAAUCCAAUUAUAAUGAUUUUUCUCGCACCCACAGUAUAUGUGGUCAUCGGCACUUUAUUCCAAAUGGCAUUCCGAAUUAAUCUCAUUCAAUCGACGCCUCUUGAUACCUACGUCUCUCAAGAAAAAAAAAAGCUGAGUGACAAAUGACAGUAAAGAUUCUAUGAUGGCAUGCACGUUCAAUAAAUCCAUUUAAGAUUUGUAUGGUUUUGGUCGAGAGGGGAAAAUGUAGCGUGAUAAUGUAAGUGUCCGCCGAUAAAAAAUGUCUGUAAGCGCAGGCUUGGCUGCUCAAUAUUUUGUACUUUACAGCUUUAGCCUUUUAACUCUCGCCAACUAUACUUUGUACCUCCUCCUUCCAGCCGUUCUGCAUGUUAUUGCAAGUUAGUUUAAAUGAAUGUGGUGCCAUUCAACGAUAGAUUCCAUGUUGCUGCGCGUCAUGUUGCUGUUCUGCUAUAAAUCACAGAUGAUGUCAAAAGGUGGUCAGGACGAAAAAGUGGCACUCGCGGCGCAGCUGAGUGUGUCAUUUACUUACUUGCCAUAUUUUGACGUUCUCUCUGAUCUAUCACUGAACAAACACACAUGAAAUUAAUUUGUUUUGUAUAAGAAAGAAGCAAACUUAUCUUAGAAAUGACGUCAUCUAGUGUCUAUCUUCUAAUCGGUCAUAACUAACAACCAAUCAAAUUGCGUGUAUAAUUCAGCUUAUAAUAUCUAUCACGACAAAAUCGUCUAACUGAUAAAUUUCUUCAUUCUUAUCGACUCUUUAUUUGAUAAAGUAUUGAAAUUGUAAGGAGAAGUUGCUUAUCAAUUAUUUCUGACAUACCUGAACAUUUUAUAAUCAAUUCAGAGCCGCUCAAAAGUUACUGUCCUCUAAAAAGAAGCACAAAAAGGGACACAGCCACAAACAAGAAGUGUUACCAUACCACCCCACCCCAAUGAUCGAACUGACACCGUCAAGGCAUGCGCACAAGGAGGUUCAACCGUACCCUUUUCCUUCAAACUACAAGGAAGUGCUUCGAAUAUCGAGUCCGGCUGUGCCACCUGGCCUGCUUAAGAUGCAUACAAAGAGGACGGAUGGAAAGGUAGAUGUAUUAGUUUCACUAAUAAGGGAGAGCUAAAUAAGGGUUUGGGUCGAGCUUUUGCCGAGUCAUUUGCAUUAUGUUGUUGGGAAAGUCUCUCGCCGUGCCCCACUCUACUCAAGAAUAUUGACGAGUACUGGUAGCAGUUAGAUAACUUUGCGGAUUUCUGGGGUUACCUGGGAUGGAUCGACAAGUAUCCAGCCCAGGAAGUUGGGGUACAUUCCCUAUUCGCUUCAUACUCAGGAAAGCAAGAUAAGCUACGCUACGUAAGUGAUUUUUACUAAUUUUAAGUAAGAUUUCACACCAAGUCUCACUCCCUGUGUUUGUUUGGUCAACUUUCUCACAAACUUCAAUUCUCCUCUGAAGGUCAAAGUGAUGCUAAGAAUCUGCCCGUCAUUUCCCGGAGAGACUGGGUCCUUUAUGAAGGUGGAUCAGAAACGGAAACAAGUCACACUGUAUGAUCCGAGCACAGUUGGUCACGUGUCACAAACACAUAGGAAGAUGGGUGUGGCUGCGCCAAAGAUGUUUGCAUUCGAUUCGAUAUUUGAGUCGGAUUGCACUCAGGUGAGAGGGGCAUUCUUGAUUGUUACACAAUACACUCGACUCAUUCGUCAACAUGGAAGUUAGACCGAACUUGGACAGCAUGAUGAACUCAACCACGCAAGAUUUGUUCCGUAAUUUUCAUCUGAAUCGACACGCUGAAGUUUCAUCUACAGACUUAAAAGCUAGAACCACCUCGUGCAUCGUCAUAAACAGUGCCACUGCUCAAUAGCUUCCAACUGAAUAGCACUGGCCUCCCGUGCACAGACUGAAAUUUAGAACGCACAACAUGAUGAAAAGUACCAUAUAAAGGAACUGCUCAGUAGCAUUCAAUGGAAUCGUUAUCCGCUAAGAUUUCAACCACGGACUUAAAAUUAGAUCCCCUCAUACAGCAUAGCAAAAAAACCAUAGUAUGGAAAGGCCCAGAAUCUCUCACUAAAAUAGUCACUCAGAAGGGUUUAAUCACAAAAUUAAAUUAGUAACAAGCAAUCCUCUUUGAAUGACUCAAAAUCGUGCAUUGUUUUGUUUCCAGGUUGAAGUGUGCUCAGGUUCUUUGGUAGACGUUCUUCAAGCAGUCGUUGGUGGCUCUGAGGGCUGUUUGUUUUCGUACGGCCAUGCUGGAUUAGGUUGGUAAACUUUUACGGUAAUUAAAAAAACGAAAUUAAAGCCACUUUUGUCAAGGCUAACUGUGUCAUUUUCUGGCUCUCUCUUGCAGGUAAAACUAACACUAUGGUUGGUAGAGACGAAAAAGAACAAACUUUGGGGCUGAUCCCUUGUGCUCUGUCGUGGUUAUUUAGACUGAUUAGCGAACAGAAACAAAAGUAAGACACUGUUGCGGUUUUUCUAGAAAGUAGAACUAAAUCAGAAAAGUUUGGAUCAAUGGCGUUUGACCCCUUUGCUACUAUUAGCGAUUCAUUCACAAUCUCCCCUUGUAAUAUCACUUCAUCAUCCUGCAGCCUCGCUAUGAGAGCAUCAAAUGCUUCAACUAGAGCGUGUUAUGUUUACAUAACACUAAAUUCGCCUAAGCUUAUUCACGAGGAAAUGCAAAGCAAGUACAUGGAAAGGAGGAUUAUCAAUGAAAACAUGUGAGUUUUGUUGUCUUCCUUUGUUUUGUAGAACUGGGACGAGAUUUUCUGUUCGUGUCUCAGCAGUGGAGAUCGUCGGUCGCUCGGAAACCGUUCGGGAUUUGCUCACUGAACAAGCAUCAGGUAAUGUAAGCUUAAUCUUUACAGCAAUGAGAGAUUGAAUUUAUUCGGGGCUGAUUGUGAUACCGACGGCGUGUACGUCAAUUAAAGUGACGAUGAUAAUGAUAAUGAUGAUGAUGAUGAUGACAACGAUGACGAUGACCCUCACGUCCUCCUUAUUCUCUUAUCUCGUAGGACCAGAAAAUGGCUCCGUAGACCCAAGUCCCAGCGUGUUCCUUCGUGAAGAUCGCAAUGGUGGAGAUCAGGUAAUAAUUACAAAUUAUCCGUAACACAGUCCUUCAAAUGAUGCUGAGAAAUGCCAGCGUUUAAGCGAACGAGAAAGGAAAGCCUUUGAAUAGAAUUCAUGUCAAAAUCAUCUCAGUAACCGAAGAAAAAAAAAAAACAUUUUCAAUUAGUUAAAGGUCACUCGCCUGAGAAAUUUAUUUUGCAUUUCCUUUGAGUUUGUGAGGGAAUGCAAUGUUGUGCACCAUUAACAGAAGUCUUGCUUUUCUCAUCCUUACAGGAAAUUAACCCUACCGAGCUUCGAGUAGCUUCUGCUGAAAAAGCAGCCUAUUAUCUGGAUGCGGCUCUGGCCGCGAGAACCAGACCAGUAAAUAACAAAGCUGAAGGUAGGAAAUACUUGCCGCAGUUCUCUGGGAACUUUACGAUAGACAUAUUAUGAAGUCCAGAAUUGCACUCCACGCCCUCACCCGAGACCAGCGUUUUUACCUUUUUAUCAUUUUUGCUCACAACCUUAUGCUUCUUUCUCAGGCGAAAACACAGACUGGGAAGAAAGCCUGAAUUCUCACAUGUUUUUCACUGUGCAUAUCUAUCAGUAUCGUGUCGAGAAAAAUUCUAAGAAUGCUGGGGGAGGUAAGUGCUCAAUAUGCGAACUGGUCCUUCUUAUGCGCAUACAUCACCAUCGCAACUGAUUAAAAAUAUUUAUAUGGCGUAUUGUGCUACCAUUUUUAGUAAUACAGUCAGUGGCAAAGACAGCUUGAGACUUGUCAGACCGUUCUUAUGGUCAAUACUGGACUAGUAGACCAUCUUGCUGAAAUAAAACAGUUGUUUCUGCAAGCUUUGUUGUGGAGAGAUUAUCUCAUUAAUACUCACUCUGAAGUGCUUUUUUUAAAAUUGAACACACGAUACUUAAAAGUAUCGUAUGUUCAAUUUUUUAGUUCUAUUUUGUUGGCCCUCAAUUUGUCUUCUCGGGCUUAUUACUAAUUGAAGAUUCUUACUUACUAGGCUAUUCAUCAAGAAAGUUUUUCUUUUCUACAUGCUACCUUUAAAAACUUUCGUUUCCUCUGUGUUUGUUCCUUCGCCGACAACUGUGUUCUAUACUUCCUCUUCCCAGUUCACGGAGGGCGCUCCCGGCUACAUCUGAUCGAUCUCGCCAGCUGUGAAGGGUACACUGGGUCCAAAAAAGAUGGAGGUGCUAGCAGCAUGUCGCUGUCGGGGCUGGGAAACGUCAUCAUUUCUCUCAUAAAUGGCGCCAAGCACGUGCCACACAGGUGCAGUGAUUCUAUCACUUUACGCUGAGUAGGUCACUCGAUUUUAGGCAAUUGAUCCGGAGAAUGUCGGGUAUUCGCUGAUAACUAUAUCAUGUUUGAGUUAACUCUAUAUAAAAAAGAAGCAAUCGUUAAGCGUUUGAAUUUUUUGACAUAUUUGUCUUGUCACUUAUGUCUUACGUUCGUCUUUCCUUAUAGGACAAGCAAAAUAACACGCAUGCUCCAAGAGUCUAUCGGAAACACAUCAUGUCGAACGACAAUGAUUGCGCACGUGUCACCCUCGCUUCCGUUUUACGCUGAAACCCUGGCCACUGUACAACUAGCCACCAGGCUUCACCGUCUGCGAAAGCGAAAGGGAAAGGUAACUAUGGCUUCCUUAUAUCAAAUUAUCAUUUCUGUUCAACUGAUCGACGUAGCAAAAUUGAAACAAACUUUCUGAGUGCGGCCCAAAGAAGAAACGAAAACGACCAAACAGAGCGUUUCGUAAUAUAUCCUCAGCGAUAGCGGCCAAACAUCUAAUUUUCUAGGAGGUAGAGUGUGUUAGCGAGGUAUCAUAGACUAUUCAAUUAUUGACCGAAGUUUUAACGAUCACUUCCAAACAUCACUCGAUUAUGAUCCUUCAAUUAAAAACUAUCAACUUACGCUACGUUGCUAAUGAAAAAGUACACAGGAGUGGUUUCAAAUUUGUGUCUAUUUCAUAGUUGUUUACAUGUUUUUAAUCCCAUUAAAUUACGCUUGAGAUUAGAUAGAAUCUACUAGUUCUGUCUAAAGGUCGUGUUUAAUUGACAAAAAUAUUUGUCGUUUUUUUCACAUUUAUUGGUUUUUGUGGUUUCUUAAUCUCGCCUUUAAUAUGACGGAGACAAAAGACAGGUUAUCUCUCUUUCUUACUUAUGGGUCCUUUUCAUUAAUUCCUCCAUGCUUCAAAAGUUCUUUUCAAGUGAAAUACCUCCCUUCGGCUAAAGUGAUUGGUUCAAAGAAAUUUUGCUAACAAACGCUGUGAUAAGCAAGGGGUAUUGAUAUCCACCCGCGUUUUCAGUCGCUCGUGAUUAUCAUACCGCGACUCUGGUGACACUCUUAGGGGCUUCUUUCAACUUUUGGUAAGUAAGAUAAAUUUUUGGUGAGAAUUGAAUUACAUGACAAAAAAUCAAGAUUUUCUUCAGCACUAUCAAGCUACUUAAAGUAACUAUUCUAGCCACACUGAAGAGAGAUUUUGCUGCCUUAAUCCAAAAUGUGCACGUUGCCUACUAUAUUAGGGAAACUGAUAAUAACAGCGGUCAUUACUCGCCUUCCUUUGGUGAAAUGAAAUGAAAUUUGUCCAUUUUCUGCUCAGAAAAGUGUUAACAUGACUGUAACAUUAUUGCAUUACACGAAAUGUGGUUUUGUGGCACAAACAUAAUUUGAAAUCCCAUAGAUGUUCUAUUUAUGUUUUGUUCUCCCAUGGCGGAUUGUUUUGGUACAAUUUAGACCUACACUGAAGUCUGUGCAUCAAGAGAGUUCGUUUUUACAACGUUGUUUGUGUAUCACGACAAACCUAAGAUAUCAUAUGUGAAGUACAGUGUUUAAGUUCCUUAGGUAGGAAGUAACGUGGACAGCGACUGCAAAGCUGACUAAAUCUUGUAUUCAUUUUUUAUCAAACUGAAGUCUUCGAACCAGCGGGAGAAAGAGAUACUUAAAACAACUUGUUCAAGGAAUCUUGAAGAUUUUAAUCUGCAAAAUCAAAUGGGAGCGACUUUAAAUUUAAAUUGGUUGUAUUAGGCAACCUGUAGCAAAUUCGUGGAACGUAUUAUGCCUUUGUUCCUAAUGCGAUAAUCUUAUCAAGUGUUUCUUCGUGAACAGAAGGAAACUUUGGUAAAGCUUUUGAAUAAACGCAAAACGCAUCUCUUGAAAACUAGCGAUUUUGUUCUUCUUGAGUUGUCCGAAAAUUCUCGUCCAAAUUUUUCCAAUUCCGAACAGAGGACAAAUGACAGCAAAUUACUUGAUUUCUCUCGAAGGUUAUUAACUCGCUGAUAAGAUAUCAGAUUAAAAUCUCAGCGAUUACGAUGUGAAUUAAACUGUUGCUAAUCUUGACGAACGGGUACGGAGAAAAAUGCCUUUUUCGCCCGUUGUCGCGAAAUAUUACAAAAUUUGAUAAAGAAAUUCAAAUGCCGAUCCAUUUUAAGAGUUUGAAAUGAAAUUCAGUGCCAACACAUUCUUCAAAGAUGCAUUAAGUUUGCGUGCAAGACGUCCUGUGGAGAAAAUUUAAAAACGUUUUGUGAAGCAAGUAUUCAAUACAUCCAUUAAGCAAAAAGUGGAAAAUAAUUAAACUUGGUUGACACUGAGUUUCAAACGAAGCCGUUCAGCAUUGUCAGCACACUUAUGAAGUCUCAAAGUCUUUGUAGUUUUUUCAUGUAAUCCUUCUCAAAUGUUAGAUUUACAUCAAAGUUGUUUUCUUUCUUAAGUUCACCCCCGGGGCGAGAAAACACUUAAUUCUCGGCUUGAGUUCUUAUGCCCUGUUGUUUCUAUAAACUGCCUCAAUUUUGAAGAAAUUCGUAGCCACGUCGAGAACCGCAUGAGUUACACAAUAAUCUAACGCUGUCGUUUGUUGGAGAAAACAUUUCUCGGCACACACAGUUUCUUCCCUCAAAACAAUAACUGUUAGUUAUACAUUUAGGUCACAUGUAAAAACACACUCAAGCUAAUACCUGUUCUUAUAUGAUAAGAUCUACCGAUUCUAAUUUAUAAAAUUGCUUUGAGAAAAGCCGAAAGUUGCUUGCAAUGCAGCAAAUAACAUUUUUGGACAAGGAUAGCGAAAUCUAUCCCAUUCUUUGACCAUUCAUGACUCAUCAAUAAGUAACUAAGUUAUAUCGUGUUGGAGAAUACAUAACAAAUUUCAUCACAUGUGCAGCAUACAGUAAUAAUAAAAUUAUACGAUUAUGUGAAACUUGAUCUAAACUUAGUACAAUAGAGAACAUAUCAAAUAAAAGCUUUCUGUUCUUUUUUUUUUUUUUUUUUUCCGAACUCGAACUUUUGAACAUUCUGGAAGCCGCACGCUGUCAACUGAUUUCCAUGUCAAUAAAAGCAAAGUGUACAUUUAAUCAAAGCUGGUAUACUCGAGGAACUUUAAAUAUUUUCCAAUGAACGCCAAUUUGUGUAAUAUUCUUUAAAGGAAUGAACUAGAUUGUUUUAUCGACAAUAUAUUUUUUUGUUUUGUGUAACUCAUUUCUAAUUUUUAGGUAUCGGGUAAAAGUUAAUAGUUAUGAGAAACAAUGUCACUCGAAAAACUAUCUCAAAAAUCUGAAAAGAAGAUAUCUGAAUAGCUUUGUUUUUUGGUUUGUUUCUUUUAUCUGUUCCGUUGUUUUGAUUCUCCAAGUUUGAUUUAUUUUGCUCUUUUUUUCAGAGAUCGAGUACAAGCUCAUCCGGCGGAGAAAGUUCUUGCGACGAAGCCCGAAUCCGUAAACCAAGACUUCGGACAGCCGAACCGAGGCUUCGGACCACAGCUUUAAACGAGAAACUCCGCGAGGAUUGCCCGAUCGGCGAGCCGGGUAGUUCCGACUACAAUUCGAGUACAGGCGAAGAGUCGUGUGAUACUGUAAUUUACGUGGGUCCCGACGGAGCCAUAAGUGACCGGGACCUCACAGACAACGAAGGCCCACCGACAAGGCUCCCAAUUAGGAAAUCAAGUGUGUCCAGCAGCACAAGGUCCCUAGUGCGGAAACUCGAAGCGAUUGAGAACGGAGAAGCGGAGGAUAACGACGAAGACGUCGGUUUGAAACGUGAGGUCGAAGGCAGCGAGGAUAGCAGUAGUCUUUACGAGGACCGAGGAAAGGAAGAAAUCUUUUCUGAACGAGAAGAAGGAGAAGGAAGGGAAUUUAGCGAGGAAUACACCGAGGAAUCGUGUUACGAAACAGAAAUCGAGGUCAUACCCGAAAGCCGGGCAUCGAGCCGCAAGAGACUUUUAGAAAAAAAAGGAAGUUCUUCCAGUCUUUCGGAUUCAUCACACAAAGGCUCCGUGAAAAGGAGCAAGAGGCAAGAAAGCGACACUUUUAAGAACCCUGUUGUCAAGGAAAUAUCUGCGAUAACAGCCACAGCUGUCAACACACUGAUCAUUCCAUCUGGAUUGAGUCCCAACUUAGACAUUGAUGAAAGUAUGAAUUCUCGCAACAGCACUGUUGUCAUUCCGGUGCAAAGCUUUCCAGGCGAGGAUGCUAAGCUGAGAACGCGGGUUAUGAGUCCGGAGACAUCAAGUGAGUCUUCGGACGCGGAGAGUAUCGUCAUGGCCAAAGCGCCAUCGUUCUCCUUCUUAACCUGCGAAGCUGUGAACGAAAUCCAAUCGAAAUCGAUGGAGUCGCUCGAUGCUGAGCAGGAUUUGUAUGACUACGAAAUGUCCAGGCAAGAUGGCAUCACACACCAUCAUUUUAACACUGCAAACGUCUCCACGACUUCGCUCGAUUUUGAACGAGAUGUCUGUGAUGACGAAGUUUUGCAUCAUUUCGAGGGUAAGGCUAAUCAAGCAAGUGGCGACACAACUGCAGAACUUAUUGAAAACUGUCAACCUCACUCACCGGUUUCGGACACGCCCGACCUGUGUUACGUCCUUGAGGAGACCCGAGAGGCGAGCUCCGACGAUUUCUCCUACGACGACACCGAACUCGAUUGGGGAAAACAACUCGCCGACGAUGCGAUCAUAGCUGAGGCGUUUUGCGAAGAGGAAGAAUAUGAUAUCGACGUUGAUUCACAUUUAGAAAGAAACUUCACUGGAAGUGAAAAUGAUGUUCUUUUCCCAGAGCUGGAAGAAAGCUUGCAGGAUAUAGACGAAGGAUGCACUGAGCCUGUGGUCGAGAAAGUCGUGCCGCAAAAACAGACCCAUCGGCCGAGUUCGGACGAAAGUUCGGCGGAGUCCGAUACAGAUGCAACACGCAGUUACACGUUCGGAACACCGAUGAAAAUGUUCUACCGCCUCGUUCCUUCACCCCAGUCGUCCUCCACCGAGGAUGAACUCGAGGAUAUUCAAGUGUCGAAGUCUUUUAAAAGUAAAACACUUUCUCCGAUACCAGAAUUUCCGUCGGUUGAGUCCAAUCUGAAUCAGGCUUCGGCGAAUUUCGGGAAAAACCGAGCCAGUUGCAGUUACAGCAUCGUCAGUGUUGAAAUCGACGAUGGGAACACAACUAUUCGUGUGGAAGGAGACAAAGAGAAUAUUCCUAUGAAAGACAUCACGAAUACAACUACCAAAGGGGACCUUCGCUCGCUUCUUCAAAAAUUCGUCGCCGAACAACUAAGAGAAUGCGAAGGGGAAAAAUUCUCUUCGCGCUACGCUCGCCCAGCCCCUCAGCAUCCCGAGUAUCGCCGACCGCGCCCGAAGCCAAACCGACGUAUCAUUCCACUGGCUUCGUGCGAUACUUCGGGUAACGAUAUGCUUCUGCCUCCUCUUGUUCCGCAGAAACGCACGUGCACUGAAACUGCGAGACUUAUUUCUAGUCCCAAGUUGCGGUAUAAGGGCGAAAAAGAUUAUGACAGCGACAACGCACCUUAUCGCUGCAGAGCGAAGGAUGAGGAUGAGUCGAGUGACAGUUCGAUGACGGCUAAGACAGAGCCGUGGUGCACGCCGAGUCGGAGCGCCGCUAGAUCACAUUUUGAUCCGGCAAACCCGAGGCUUUCAUCAUUCUCUGUUGGUAAUGUGAAAACUAGCGUUACUUUUCUUGGAAGCGAGGACGAAAAUAACAAUUUCCACAAAACCAGCAACCUCGAACAGCCUUGCGUUAUAGAGAAUUGCGAUAUGGAGAACUCGGAUAUUUUUACUUCUUCCUUCUCAGAGAGAAUCUCCCGGAAAGAUAGCGGCAGAGUUGAACACUUUGUCAGAGCAGGAAACAGUCCAACCAGAAGAAGCGACAGAACCUCUAUCAGCUCUGUAUCAAGUUUUGUAAAACUCACAUAUUGUGGCUCGGAGAUGUCUGACGCAGAAUUUGAGAAACCUGAUGAGCCCUCCACCAAAGACAAACAGUCUUCUAAUAUUUUAGUUCCCAAGCCUAAUAACACCAUUUCAAUAACUGUUGAACGACCGAUCAUACAGUGCAUUCCACUUCAGCCCGAGACACCUUAUGCGCCACAGGAACAAUUCAUCGCGCGUUUUCACGACCGCUGCGCACCACCGCGUAUCGUUUACCGAUUAUCUGGUGAGUUCGUGGCGACAAUACCUGGCUGCGAUGCAACCGCGUCCCAACCGCGUCCUAGUGCAGACGGCACUCAGGUGGGAGCGAACCGUCAAUACCGCUUAUCUGGAGAAUUUGUGGCCACGUUUACAACGAGUGCAGAAACACAAAACGCAUCAACUCUGGCGCUGAUGUCAUCUAGCACGGAGGAUGGUAAUAACAGCAUUAGAACAGAAAGCACAGACGUGGUUUGGGUAGCCAAUGAGCCCGUGGUAUCAACCGGAGAUCUGACAGCAGACGAAAUGCCAGCGCCCUCAACACCUGUUGCAGUAGGAUCGAGGAACGAAAAGACAAGGAGGUUUAAAUUUUUCGGGUGAGAACCAAUAACUAGGAACUAUAACGCGUGGCCUUUAGGCAAGGAACUAAGGAAAGGCAUUAAGGCAAGCUUCAAAAACAAAAGGUGGAGGAAAAACGCGCAAAAUCAUGCUUGGCCAAAUUGCGCCAAAUUUUAGUUUUGAGUCUGAUUGGUUGAGAAAUUGACGCAAGUUUUUCCAAAAAUAAAGAAAAACAAACGACCGAGACGGAAAAUCACAAAGCGGAGUGAAACAAUACGAUAGCAUUGCCGUGCAUUUUCAUCAGUCAUUAAUUGUUUCAUGGGGUCCUUGACGAUAAGGCAACUGUCAAUCGUUUUAUCAUGAGCAACUAACAAUUGACUUUCUGUAUUUUCGAAACCUUUAGUUUAUUAAUCAUUAGUUAACUUCUAAUGAUUGCCAUAUUUUCUUUCAGACGAGACCGCAGUAGCUACAGCAGCGGUCACGCUAGCGACAGUAGCAUCGGAGAUUCCCCAGGACCUCGCGGACGAAGUCGGUCGCUGAAGAGACUCAAGUCGUGUAAGUGUAAAGGGCCUAAAAUUAUGAAAAGCAUAUCAAUCCUCACAUGAACCUCGAUCAAUUGGCAAGUUUUGCUCUUAAAAUGAAGUUUUUGUAGUAAAAUUGGUUUUGUAACAGUCUAUACACAAUCAUUUCUACUUCACACAAAUUGCUUGCAUUUUAAUCGAAUUGAAAUAAAAGAGAAAAGGAAACUUAUUUUUUCGUUCUCUUUUUUCCUUAUUCCUUCAGUAUCUUCUCGAUCAGAUGCAGCCAGCAGCAGUGGCUACGAGAGCAUGCGCAACGAUGCAAGUCACGCCUCAAGUGACAGUUGCAGUGAAAAAGGUCUGAGUCGUGGGAAACGAAAAGGUGAGAAGUCGCGGUAUAGUGUCAAAGGUUGCUAAGCAACGGUACGAAAUAAGAUGUUUUUACAUUUUCAAACUUGGUUGGGAGCUCUCUCAUUAAUUUCUGAUAGGUAUUUAUUGGGUAUCGAAUCCACUUGAGGGAUCUCCGACUGACUGUCGUGAAACCGGAAUAAAGAGUUUUCACAUCCGCAAAUUAGGGCAAAGCUGAUUGUCAAAAUCCAUGUAAGAUUGAAGUAAAUACAAGCAAACUUCCUAAAGCGCGGGAAAACGCGAGUAAACAAGUUGUGAUUGGCUUUAGAUUUACUUCUGAUUGGUAAACUGAGGGGUGAUACCAAUUUUCUCGACCAAUAGUAGAACAAAGUUGAACAGAACCAAUAACAACAUGGAUUUCUUUGGAUACGCCGUUUGAAAAUGUUUGUUUAGCUGGGCCUGACAAAGUUUCAGAAAGGUUUAAUCCCUCUAGGAAAACUGCUCUGUAAUUCCGUACACCUCCGCACCUUAAAUUGCUAGCAGAAACAUCGUCAUAUACCUUAUUAAUAUUGUUAACAUUCUAUUAUUUUUAUCACCAUUAUUUAGGUAGAAGUCGUUCUGCUUCACCAGGAUCCAGCGCACGAAAAUAUUCUCCUAGGCGUUGGUUUUCGAGGAAGUCAUUGGAGCCGGUUCAGAUCAAGGUUUACGAAGUCGAUGACAUCGAAAAAGUACAACAAGCUAUGGAACCUAACUUUCAGGUAUAGACUAUUUAUUACUUCCGUUUCUUCGACUGAAUUUGUUGGUUGUAUUACCUUCCACAAUUCCUUUUCUUUAUAUGAUUCUGUCGUUAUCUGUUCGCUCACUCCUUCGUGCCAAAGUUCGUUCGUUCGUUCGUGCGUUCGUGUCCGUUGGUUCGUUCGUUUGUACGUUCGUGUCCGUUCGUUUGUUCGUACGUUCGUGUUCGUUGGUUUGUUUGUUUUAAUGCGUUCAUGUCUGUUCGUUUGUUUGCUCGUGUGUUCGUCACCAUUCGUUCGUUUACUUCUGGUCUGUCGGGUCAGCUUUCUCAUUUAUACCUAUCCAAUAACGUUUCCUUUUGUUCAUUAGUGGCAAGAUUCUGAACAGAGAAAAACCCGCAUUGCAUCCCUGAGACAGAGACAGCGACAUUUGAAGGAAGAAUUCUCAGCGGCCAAGAAUCGAUUGCUCGAUGAACACCAGAGAUGGAGCUUUGGACGUAAGUCUUCACACUAAAUUGAAAAAUAAGGGGCUAACUUCUAUUUGUAACUUAUUGUUCAAGGACACGCCACCGAUUAUAAACUGGCGCUGACUCCGUUAGCAAAGCAAAUUUGAUAACGAAAGCUGCUGUAGCCCGUAAACUGAAUAUAGAUGGAUUGUUUUCUAUCACGUGAAGGUAAACCUUCGCCAAAGUUGUUACGAUGGCCAAUCGGAAGAAAGGUCACCAUUGACCAAUAAGGAAACAAAGUAAAAAUAGGCAAGCUACUUAAAGCGCGGGAAAACGCGGGUGACCACAUUGCGUUUGAUUUAAGCUUUGCCUUUGAUUGGUUUCAAGAGUGACGCAAGUUUUCUUUAGCAAUCAAUGUACGGUAUAACCAAAAAUUUUCUAGAUAUCAGUUAGCUAUGGUCGUGCUUAACAAAAUCACGAUGAAACUGAAUCAUUUCAUGUAUUGUAACGAAGAAGAGAAGAUUAUUUCUUAACUUAAGCUCAAUAACUCGUCUUUCGCUGGAAUUGCUUAAAUUGAGCAGUUAGAUUUGGAAAACCAAACUUUGUCGUUCAACUUUUAUUGGUACAUAUUUGUGUACUGUGGUUACAACUUUAAUGUUUCGUUGUCUUGCAGUGAGAGCCGAGAAAGAACUCAAUUGGGAGGAUCCACGUUUUAUAGAUGCGUUAGAAGUGGAAAACAAUAACCUCCAGAAGCGAAUUACUGACUGCAAGUCAAGUAUCAUGAUGGUGACGUCAUUCGAUAAACGGACCACUCAAGUGUGAAACUGUUGACGUCAUCAAGACAUUUUGUAUUGUAUAAUGAUGUAAGCGUGUAUUUUAUAGUAUGUUUUAACUUGGAUCCACCAUCGUUUGGUCAGGAAAAACAUUUGGCCGGCGUAGUUACUAUUCUCAAUGGAAACUCGUUUCAUAUCUCUCACCUAAGUAUCGACAAGAUCACACAAAAAGAAUGCCAGCAUUGUCAUAAUUUUCUAGAGAUAUUUUCAUUAUCAAAGAGCUAAGUUAUUUUAUAUUUCUUUGUAAGCCUUAUUACGGUAUUUAUACAUUUCAAACAGAAGUAUAUUUUUAACAUUUAUGUGAAAGUAAUAUUAUUAUUUUUCCCUAUAGAGAGAACGUUUAUUGACAAGUCAGAGAACUCCGUUUGUUUGGUAGUUCAUGCGUUAAUGAUUUCAGACUCUUCAAAGUCAGCAGAAUACAAUGUUGGCCAUUUACUUGCAACAAAAGACAUUUUGGUACCGCCAAAAAAGAAAUUUGCGAAAUCUCGGGGCGAAAGAUUUACCUGAAAACAGAAAUAUUAAAAAAUUGUUUUACUCGCAUCAGUCUUGGAGAUAAAUGGCUUUUUCCAGUUGAAAAUAAACCUCGUUUUAUCGCAUAGCAGCCAUAUAGGUACUUUGUCAUGUUGGAUUGCAGCGGCAUGCGUGAUUGCAUUGUUGUCAGUGUGUUACAAAGGGCUUAAGGAUGAUGUGAAUUGUCUCUCAGCCAGACGUACGUUAAUAAACUCUACUUGUUAAGAGAAAGUUCGACAAACGACCGCUUUUCAAUUUUUAAAUAAAAGUUACGAAUAAGGAUGAAGUUGACGAAAGGGAGGAAUACUUAAAGAUUUUGGUGAAUUUCAUAGAUAUAAACAAUAGUUUCGAAAUGUACCUUGGUUUGCGAGUAACGAUUCCACGAAGUGUAAAUUAAUAUACUGUAAGCCUGAAUGAACUCGAAUGUAUUUAAAAAUGUAGAGUCGAUCUUAAGUGCAAGGAGGAUCGUUCAAAAUGAGCGACCUUAAUGUAGAAAGGUAAUUUAACAUUAGAUGAACUACUAUUUAGGCUUUUUCAGGACGAUCUUUAAAUGGAAAACUGAGGUAAUUUCUCUUUACAAAGCUCCAGCUGGAAAGAUUUUUUAAACUUUCCAACCUGUCAAAUAAAUGGGUGUAAUUACAAAAAUUUGUAAUUUUUACCCAUACACGUCCUCCGGAGUUUAUAAAAAUAUAUUGUGUACAGUUUUGGUAUGUGAAUAAAAUCGAAUUUUAAAAUAAAGGUAACUUGUUUACGUCUGAAACUGCUAUUGUGCGAAUGGAUGAGCGACCACACCGGGGCGCUGGGGAUGUCAGUGAGAAAAA